AGGAGGCUGAACGAGGACGGCCUAUCAGGGAGGACAGAGAAGAAGUGGUCGGCUUUUAUGACAGCCCUGCUUCCCUUUUUUUUUUUUUUUUAUAAAAAGGAACUGUUAGGAUCCGGAGCCGAGGGGAACCGGUCCGGUCUGUGACGAAAGUCUGAGGAGAGAGUGGUGAAGACCCCGGAUGCUGUUUGGGGUUUUAGGGUCAGACCGGUCCUUUUAGCUGCAGGUGGACCCAGGCAGGAUGGGAGGUGGAGGCCAGCAGACCGAGCAGGGGGAUCCGGCCAGCGGGAAGGCUGCAGGUGUUUACACCUGGGAGGAGGUCCAGAAGCACAACACAAAGAGCGACCAGUGGCUGGUCAUCAACAGGAAGGUUUACAACAUCACUCAGUGGGCCAAGAGGCACCCAGGGGGGGUCAGAGUCAUCAGCCACUAUGGAGGAGAGGAUGCUACGGAGGCAUUCACUGCUUUUCAUCCUGAUGAGAAAUUUGUGCAAAAGUUUCUGAAGCCGCUGCUGRUCGGGGAACUGGCGGCGACAGAGCCGAGUCAGGACCAAAGCAAGAACGCGACAAUCAAGGAGGAUUUUGAUCGCUUACGAGAACAAGCAGAGAAGGAGGGUCUUUUCCGAGCUCAGCCUCUGUUCUUCUGCCUCCAUCUGGGUCACAUCCUGCUGCUGGAGGUCCUCGCCUAUUGGAUGGUUUCUCAGUGGGGGACGAGCUGGAUGCUGACGUUGCUGUGUGCGGUGAUGCUGGCAACCUCUCAGUCUCAGGCCGGGUGGCUGCAGCACGACUUUGGUCACCUUUCUGUCUUCAAGAAGUCCAAGUGGAAUCACCUGGUGCACAAGUUUGUCAUUGGACAUUUGAAGGGAGCUUCAGCCAACUGGUGGAACCAUCGCCAUUUCCAGCAUCACGCCAAACCCAACAUCUUCCGGAAAGAUCCGGAUAUCUACAUGUUGGACAUCUUYGUACUUGGAAACACGCAGCCUGUGGAGUACGGCGUAAAAAAGAUCAAAUACAUGCCCUACAAUUACCAACACCACUACUUCCAUCUCAUUGCUCCACCACUUCUUAUUCCUGUUUUUUACAACUUUAACAUAAUGAAGACCAUGAUUACCCGUCGUGACUGGGUGGAUCUGGCUUGGGCCACAACUUACUACCUCCGCUACUUCUACUGUUAUAUACCACUGUAUGGCUUGUUGGGCUCAUUGGGACUCAUGUUUUUUGUCAGGUUUUUAGAGAGUCACUGGUUUGUGUGGGUGACUCAGAUGAACCAUCUGCCCAUGGAGAUCGAGUACGAGAGACGCCAAGACUGGCUGACCAUGCAGCUGAUGUCUACAUGUAACAUUGAGCAAUCCUUUUUCAACGACUGGUUCAGCGGACACCUCAACUUUCAAAUCGAGCAUCAUUUGUUUCCUAGGAUGCCACGGCACAACUACCACCUGGUGGCGCAGCGGGUCCAAGAACUGUGUGAGAAACACAAGAUCCCUUACCAGAUGAAAACUCUGUGGCGAGGAAUGGUUGAUGUUGUGAGGUCACUAAAAACUUCAGGGGAUCUUUGGCUCGAUGCGUAUCUCCAUAAAUAAACUGUACGCAGACAAAGUGAUUGUUUUUUUUUCUCCGUCCUCAUCAAAACUAAAGAAAAACCAAGCUGAUGAWAAAUAAUAGACUAAUUUUUACCUUUUGUCAUUGUAAAAGUUACAAAAAUGGCCUUAAUCUUUAGGGUGCAAAGCAUUUUUGAUUGUCAACUAUAGUGUAGUGAUGUUUUAAGUGAUAAAAAAAACUGUGAAUAAUUCAAAAUGUUUAAUCCCAUCCUGCCUUGUAGCACAGCUUGGGCAGUAAGAACCAUCAGAAGAGAUGUAAAGAAAAAAAAUAAACCUUUCUGAAACCUGAACUAAAAA